UCAACGUCAAAAUUGUUAUAAAUAAUUGAAAAAAACUUUGAAGGCAAUUGACAACAAUUAAUUGUAAAAUCAAAAUAAAUAACUAAUAAAUAAUUUAAAAUCCCAUAAAAAGAAAAAUUGUAAUGACUCGACACGCAAAGAAUUGCACAGCUGGAGCAGUUUAUACUUACCACGAAAAGAAAAGGGAUGCUCAGGAAUCUGGAUAUGGGACAAACAGUCGCCGAAUUGGUAAAGAUUCAAUUAAAAGUUUUGAUUGCUGCUCAUUAACAUUACAACCAUGUAGAAAUCCGGUUGUUACAAAAGAUGGCUACUUAUUUGAUAAAGAAGCAAUUCUUCAAUAUAUUAUUACUAAAAAAAAUGAACACAGCCGUAAAUUAAAAGAAUAUGAAAAGUUAAAGAAGCAAGAAGAAGCUGAAAAUUUCCAGAAAUCUGUUUUAGAAGAACAAAAACGAUUAGAGAAAUUCAUAAAUACUGAAAAUAAUAUUACAUCAAAUGCAUCAAAAAUUGGACAUAAAAUUGGUAAUUCAAGUAAAUCAGAUUCAAUUUCAAAUAUGGAUAAUGGAAGAGAUAAAGAAUUACCAAGUUUUUGGAUACCAUCACAAACUCCAACUGCAAAAGCAUCUAAAAUUCAAAAACCUGAUCCAACAAUUUAUUGUCCCGUAUCACAGAAACCAUUAAAAGCAAAAGAUUUAAUAGAUAUUAAAUUUACUUUAGUUAAAGAUGAUUCAGAUAAAAGAUCUUUAAUUGUAAAAGAUAAUAGAUAUAUGUGUCCAAUUACACAUGAUAUUCUUAGUAAUUCAGUACCAUGCGCUGUAUUGAGACCAACCGGUGAUGUUGUUACAAUGGAAUGUGUUGAAAAAAUCAUUAAAAAAGAUAUGAUGCAUCCAAUAACAGGACAAAAAAUAACAGAAAAAGAUAUUAUACCUCUUCAAAGAGGUGGCACUGGAUAUGCAACUACUAAUGAUAACUUGGAAGGAAAAGAUGAAAGACCAGCUUUACAAGCUUAAGAGCGUUUUACUUCUCUCAAAAUUAAUAUUUUGUAUGAAAAAGUUAUCAAGACAUUUUCAAUUAUUCAAUAAAAUUUCUA